GAAUAUUAGUAUUUAAUUUGUAUUAAAAUUAUGAGCAUAUUUACAUCUAAAAAUUUAAAAUCUUAAGUUGUAAAAUUAAAGGAUGAUUCAAAUUAGAAUACUGCAAUUAGGCAAAGCGAUAAGGUUGAUUACCAUACGAUUUUAACACAAGAAAAUCAAUAAACAGAUACGUAUAUAAAUUCUUAACGCGAAUUUAUGAUGAAAGAUAUAUUAUAGACUUAAAAUGGAUUAUUGAUGAAUGAUGAUAAUUAAAUAAAUAAUAGAGACUUUUAGUAAUUUGGGAAAUAGAAUUAAAAAUAAUAAAAUGAUACUGAAAACAUAUUGUUUAGCAACAAAGAAGGUUAAUAGAAACAGGUUUUAAAAAGUAAUAGCUUUUUUGGUAAAAGAAGUUAGCAAUUUGAUGACAAUAACAUUCACAAUGAAUAAAUUGAAAUUAUAGAAGAUAAUGAAAACUCUUUAAUUAGUCCUCAACAAUUUACUUAAAGAAAAGAAUAAAAAUCAACAGAUAACAUUAAAAUUUUUUACCAACAAUAAAAUGAUUAAAAUAUAAACUAAAAAAUUGAAGAGAAUAAUGACAAUUAUCUACAAAAAGCUGUAUAAAUUGGAACAGUGCAGAAAGCUAAGCUAAAAGAAGAUGAUUCUCCAUAAUUUAAGAGAUAAUUUGAAUAAAAGAGUUCAAAAAAUAUUUUAUCAACUUAGGCAUCAUUCAAAAAUUAUGCGAAUAAUGGAUAAAAAUUAUGGUCGAUAGUUAGAAGAGAUAUAUUCUACCCAAUUAAAUUCAGUGGCAAAGUAGAAUUGGGGCUUAACAAAAAGAGAAAACAAAAUUUUAAAGGUUCACAGACUCAAAAAAUGUACUCCUCAGAUCCUACUUUAUUUAUUGAUCCAUAUGGGUACUUUAAACUUUUUUGGGAUCUUUUUAUAGGAUUGAUUUAACUCUAUUAUCCUUUGGUAUUUCCCGUAAGGAUAGCUUUUGGUUUAAGUAAUAGACCCUUUCAUGUCAUAGACUUGCUAUUUGAUUUGGUAUUUUUAUUUGACAUGUUUUUUUCAUGCAUCACUGGAAUCAAUUAAGGUGGAGAGGUUAUAAAAGAUAGAUAUUUCCUUACUAAAAACUAUUUAAGGACUUACUUUGCAUUUGACAUUAUUAGCUUAAUUCCAUAUUAUUUUUUUGUUUAAGAUCUAAAUUAUAUAAAAAUAUUUCGUUUAGCUAGAUACUGGGAUAGGUAUUUACUUCUCUUAAACAAGACAGUAUAUUUUAUUUUCAAAGGUGGAUCUUCUCAUAAAUUUGCAGUCUUAUUAUACUAUCUCUUUAAAGUUUCAUCACUUAUAUUAAUUUGUGUUCAUGUCAUGACUUGCUGGUGGAUAGAAGUAGGUUAGCUUCAUCAAUUAGGAGAAACAGAUGAUCUGCCCUAGGAAUUUAAAUAAUUGGGAUGGGUUAAUACUUAUUAUCUCUAAAAUCCUAAAAAACCAUAAUAUGGAGAGGUUAAUAAAGAUAUUUAUAUUACUGGCUACUACUUUGUCACUACUACUAUUGCUACAGUUGGAUAUGGUGAUUUAGCAUCUAAAACAGUUAUGGAAGAAUUUUAUACAAUGUUUUGUGAGUUUUUUGGUAUUGCUCUAUUUGGUUAUAUUUCAGGUGGUUUAAUUUCUGCUGUGUAAAUUUCACUUUUGGUAGGAACUUAAAAGAAAAAUGAAAUGAGAAGUGAAUUUGAUCAGUGGCUAUUUUAGAGAGAGAAAAACAGAGAAGCUCCUCUAUUUUUUAUACUUCUUAAAAAUUUGAGGGAUAUCAACCAUUUUAACACUGAAAAUAACUUUUCUAGUUUUUUUAAUUAGCAAGAAUAUUUUUAAUAUUUGCCAAAAGAGCAAAAACGAAAAAUAUUUAACCUGAUAUUUACUGACAUUGCUACCUUCUUUGGAGCCUUUUUUAGAAAUAUUAAUGAACUUUAGAUGAUUUAGGAUUUAUUUUAGUACAUGCAUCCUUUAUCGUUUUUGCCAGGAGCAGAAAUUAUCAAAUAUAGGAGCCUACCAAGAGGGUUAUAUUUAAUUGUAAGCGGAAAAGUAUAUUUAGGAACAGGUAAAAAAGUCAAUAAUUAGAUUAGCAGCUCAAAUUUAAAACAGUUAAAUAGUAAAAAUAAAAAAAAAGAGAAAAUUGUAGAAAAGUAAUACUUUCGUAAACUAGAUCCUGGCAGUUUUUUUGGUGAAUUUUGUCUUCUUGAAAAAAAUAGCUCAUUCAAUUUUGUAGCUGGUGGAAAAAAAAUAAUUAAUGUCUUAUAUAUAAGCAAAGCUAAGUUUUUAGAAACCUGCUCAAAAUAUAAAGAGAGUAAUUAAUGGUUAAAAAAAUUUGCCUACUACAGAUUUAAAUACUUUAAAAUUGAAAAAUACUCUUACUUGAAGAAGAUAAACUUUUAUAUGAAAAACAAAUCAAAAUUCAGCUCAAAUAAUACCUAAAAUCUUUCAAAGUUCUCAAAAUUAAAAAAUAUGUUUAAAUAAAGGAAGAGCAAGGAUGAGCCUAUUAGUGAGGUUAUAGAAGAUGAAAUUGGAAAUGAAGAUUAAGAAAGUGAUGAUUCAGGGAUUUAAAAUGAAUAAAAUUACAAUAAUAGGAUAGAUACAAUAAAUGAAUCUAAAGAGCUUGAUUUUUCAAAUUCUAGCAGCGAAAGCAAAGGAGAAAAUCAAUAAAUAAUUAAUUAAGUAGAAGAAUAUAACGAUAAUUAAAAUCAAGAUAAGACUUCAAGCAAAUAAAAUAUCCAGUAGGAUAAGAAAGAAAGUCUAUUGAAUUAAAUGUAAUAAAAAGAAGAUCAGCGAAAUAUAAGAAUUUAGUAAAUAUUUAAUUAACAAGACCAUAAAAGAGGAGCUAAAAGUGAUUUUAGGUUAUAUUUAUAAAACGAUUAAGAUGAUUUGAAUUAUUAGGAUUAAAAAAAACAUAAAAGAAUAUUUAGUCAGCCUAUAAAUUUAAUAAAUGAUUAAGUAUUAGUUUAAGAUUCUUAAAAAAAAAUAAAAUAAAAUAUAAAACCUAACAUUGUUACAUAAUAAGUUAGACAUGGAAGAGUUAAAUCUCUAGAAUAAAAUGAUAAAAGAAAAGAAAAACAUUUUAAAUAUUAAUCUCUAAACGUAAGAGAAGAAAAUCAACCUAAAAGUAAAAAUAAGCCAUCAUUUAAUUUCUAAUUCAAUUAAAUAGAUGAAUUUUCAGAAAAUGGCUAUAUAAAUGAUCCAAAUGAUUAUUAGUAUUAAGUUUAAAUACAUGAAUAAAAAGAUAAUGCUAAUUAACCUUAUUAAUUUAAUAUUCAUUUCAGAGAUCCUAACUUUAAUGCAUUGAGUCCAAAUAGCAAAGAAAAUGAUAAGCUGAUAAGUACACCAUUUAGCUCUAAUCAACAAACUUAAACAAGAGAUACUAUAAAUAAUUAAAAGCUAUUGUUUAGUGAUGAUGAUUAGAACUCAGAAAAAAUUCGUUUAGGAGAGAAUAAGCAUUUUUAGAUAAAUGAAAUAAAUCUAGACCAAAUUUAGAGAGCUUUCGAGGAUUAAAGGAGUCAAAAAACAGAAUAAUAUCAUUCAUGCAUAAUAGGACUAGAUUCUGAUGAUAAUUUUGAUUAAGAUUUGAAAGCAAUAGAUUAAUUAGAAUCUAAAAAUCAGUUGAAUGAAGCAAUGCAAAAAGAAUUUUUAAUGAGAAAAGAUAUAAAUAUCCUAAAAUAGUUUGAGGGAGUUUCUAAUUAAUAAUAAAACUAGAUAGAUUUCAGCAAAUUUUAGCAAAAUUAGACAAGUAAUUAAUAAUUUGUAUAGCUUAAAGAUGCUAAAUAAAAAGAAUCCAUAAAUUCUAAUCUUUAUUAAAAUAAAAUCAAUUUAGAAUCAGAAAAUAAUCAAAAAGAUUUUUUAUCUAAUAUAAAGUUUGAUGAAAUAUUAACUGAUUCAAUAGAGGCAAAUUAUUAAAAAAGUAUAGAAAACUAAUCAAAAUAAAAUUAAAUGUAUGCUAUUUAAGAGACAAAUGAAGAGCAUCUAAAUGAAAACAAAUAAACAGAAGAGAACUAAGAUUUGAUUUUAUUUGAAUCUUCUAAUAAUAUAUCACUGUUUGUAGAUAGCGACAGCGAUGAGGAAAAUAAGAAUAAUAUAAAUUAAAAUUAAAAUAAAAUAGCUAUUUAGAAAGAAGAAAAUUAAGAAUAAUACGAUGUUCAUAACUUGAUUGAUAUGAGUCCAUUAAGCAGACCAGAUGAAAUUAUAGAAAACUCAAACAAGGAUGAAAGCAUUUAAAGUCAAGAUAUUGUUGAUGAUCUUAUGAAUAGCUCAGAAGAAAAAGAGUUGGAUCAUAAAAUUUAAAACAAAAAAGUAGCAAAUAUUAGAAAUGACUCUGUUCAUCACUUAAAGCUAAUUAAAGAAGAGGAAAAAAAAAUAAGAAGAGCUUUUAGAUAUUAAACUACUUCUAAUAAUAAACUAGAAAUGUUGCAGACAAAGAAGCAAGUCUAAAUAGCAGAAAAAGUUGGAGUAAAGAUACCUUAUGUAAAUCAGUUAUCAUCUUCUCGUUUUAAAAAAAUAGCUUAAAAUAAGGUCAUGAAAAAAAUUUUAAAUAAAAAAAUUUAAAUUCUAGUCUAAACUGUAAUGCAAAAAGCUGCAUCUAUAAAUAAUUCUAAUAGAUAAUCAGCAGGAAAUAAUUUUAGGUCUUUAAAUAAAAACAGUAUAAGGUAUUUAUCUCAACCUAGAGAUUAAUAAAAUGCAUAAAAUGGUUAUGAUUCAUAACAGUUUAAAGAGAUUAUGGUGAGUACUCCGAAUAGCUCAAAUUCAUAGGAGGACAGACAAUCCGGUAAAUUUUUUACCUUUAAAGAAGUUGUUUCUUAGAGAUCUUCAAUGCAUAGCAAUUAAGAUCCUUAAAUUGAUAUUAAGAAGUGCUCUAGCGAAUUUAGAAGCAAUUCACCUUCUAAUAACGAUUUAAAAUCUAAAAGCAAUUCAUCCCCAAAAUUUGUUACUUCUUAAAGGUAUGUUUCAUCUCCUAAAAAUCAUAGCUAUUAAGAUAAAUAAAAAAACUAAAGCAUUCCUAAAUCAAAAUUUUCAUAAAAUAAUGAUGCCAAAUCACCAACACAUUAAGAUUAAAACUCUGUAUCUUUAAAUGAACAAAACGAUAAAGCUGGAUUUGAUUCAUAGUCAAAUUAAUGUGAUGGAGGCGAAAAAUAUUAAGUUACAAGCACUGAAGUUCCAAAUAUUUUAAUUAAGGAUAUCAUAAACGAAGACGAUAAACAUAUUUUAGAAGAAGAUUCAGAAAAUAGAGAUGAUCAAAGUGAUGAUAUAGAAAUUUAAAUCAAUUAGAUAUAUAAUUCACGUGUCCCUAAUUUUUAACUUAUGCUCUAUAUUGACAAAAUAGUGAACGAACAUAAAAAAAAGUACUAGCAAGGAGGUGAGUUUUUUGAAAUGGAUGAUUAUUAGUGUUAUGACGAAAUUGAAAAUAAAGAAAAGCAAUAGGAUCUAGGAAAUUCUAAUAAGGAGUAAUCUGCUUUAGAUAACUCUAUUGACAUCCCAAUUGAUAUCAUAAAACCUAACUUUGAUAUCCAAGAGCUACAUAGCUUGCCUUCUUUUCUAAAUAGCCAGAUAUCCAUUAUUGAGAAUAAAAUACAAUAAAUCAUUGAAACAACUUAUGAUGAUUGCCAUGUUUGCUUAGAGAAAAUUAAGAAGCUUAACUCAAUAAAAAAGAGCAAGAAGCUUUCAAUAAAAUAAGUUGACGAAUCAGAUACUUUGUAGAAUAUUGAUAACAUUUCAAACUAAGAAAACAGAGGAAAUGCUGAUUCAAGCUAAUUAUAAAAAAUAACUAUUUCUAAUAUAAUUAAUGGAUCUUAGUAAUUACCUAAGAGGAUAUUUAAUAAUCAAAAUUAAAUAUCUCACAACGAAGAAGGUAGUAACAAAAAGAAUGAAGAUAAAAAUCAGUUAACGCCAAACAUGAUAAACCUUGGUUAUGACUUGCAAUUUACCAUGCAAGAUGAAGCAGACUUAAAUAAUAAAGAUGAAUAUAACUUCUUUACUGAAUUAGAAAAAAAGAAUCAAAUUUUACUCAAUCAAAAUUAAGACCAAGAAGAAGUUUAAUAAAAAGCUAGAAAGUUGUUUGGCUUCACCCCUAAAUCUAAGAAAAAUAAAAUAGAUUACGACUUACCUUUAGGCAUGGAGACCGUAGAUUACCACAGAGGAUUCAGCGAUGCGAUUGAAAAAGCAUAAAUCUCUAAUAAAGAUUAAGAGCAAUAAUAAAGUAGUUAAAAACAAAUAAAAUUAAAAGUGUAUUCCAAAGAAUAUAGUAACCCUAGCGUUACUGAAUAAGAUAAAAUCAAAUAUGAAUUUAAAAGGAUGUUUGAUAAUAUAUUUUUAGAAGGUGACAGAAGUCCUAUUAGUAUGGAUAUGUCAGAUAUAUCUUAAUGA